AUGCCCCAAUUGGUCAGGCAACUGUCACCAAAAAUUGGUUCGGAAACGGACCUUCGCCCGGCCGUGGAAUUCCUAAACUCCAUUAUACUAGAGUCUAGAGAGAGAAGUGUUUCAAGUAUUGUAACGAGAGAGAGAGAGAGAGAGAGAGAGAGAGAGAGAGAGAGAGGUGGAGGAAUGGGGUGGGCAAUCGCUUUGCAUGGCGGCGCCGGCGACAUCCCCCUUAACCUUCCACCAGAACGCCGUGAGCCUCGGGAGGCGGCCCUCCGCCACUGCCUAGACAUCGGCGUCGCUGCUCUCAAACACAACAAAUCCCCAUUGGAUGUCGUCGAACUUGUGGUGCGUGAACUAGAAAAUCAUCCGCACUUCAAUGCUGGAAAAGGUUCUGUCUUAACUAGUGAUGGAACUGUUGAAAUGGAGGCGUGUAUCAUGGAUGGUAGGACACAGAAAUGUGGGGCUGUUUCUGGUCUCACCACUGUCGUUAAUGCCAUAUCUCUAGCUAGGUUGGUUAUGGAGAAAACUCCUCAUAUAUAUCUUGCGUUUGAUGGGGCUGAGGCAUUUGCAAGGGAACAAGGUGUUGAAACCACAGAGAAAAGCCAUUUCGUUACUUCAGAAAAUAUUGAGAGGCUGAAACAAGCACAAGAAGCCAACAGAGUACAGAUAGAUUAUACACAGCCCAUCCCAAAAGAACCUACAAAAGAAACCACCAUAGCCGAUGGUGACAGCCAAAUCGGAACAGUCGGAUGCGUGGCGGUUGACAACCAAGGAAAUUUAGCCUCUGCAACUUCUACCGGCGGAUUAGUCAACAAGAUGGUGGGAAGAAUCGGUGACACCCCUAUUAUUGGUGCUGGGACUUAUGCAAAUAGCUUGUGUGCAGUCUCUGCCACUGGAAAAGGAGAAUCAAUAAUGCGGGCAACUGUGGCACGUGAUGUGGCGGCUCUUAUGGAGUACAAAGGGCUUUCUCUUGAGGAAGCAGCAGCUUAUGUCGUGGGAGAGUGUGCACCAAAAGGCACUGCUGGAUUGGUUGCAGUGUCCGCGAAAGGAGAGGUGACCAUGCAGUUUAAUACCACUGGUAUGUUCAGGGCUUGUGCUACUGAAGAUGGGUACUCUGAAAUCGCGAUAUGGCCAUCUGUCUGAGAGAAGAUAAAUUGGUUUGCACGGUCUUUGGUAAUUGUAACAUUUUGUUGUAUGGUCUGGUGAAACGCGAAUGAAUUAUAUGGUGUGGUGAAAUAUAAGCUGCCUGUUACGCUUGAGGUUUCAUAUACUGGAAUUAUUUAUGAACCCAGUAAAAAUGUUCUUUUA